GACGAAACGCAUUUGCCGAUUCGAUGAACUUCAAUCGAAAUUCAUUUACUCGAUGCUUCUCGAACGAAUGGAAAAAGGGAAAAUUCCUGCGUAGAAUCUUGGAACGAUGCGGGGAUCGGGUCAACGAUCUACCGAACGCAUUAAGCGAUCGUCGUGCGAUUUAAUCGUUUCGUUCGAUUCGCAAAUCACCGUGAACGUCGUUUAACAACCGCAAUCGUUUCUCGCUAUUUUUCCUAUCGUUUCAUACGACUUACGGCUAUAAACAGCCGCUCAGAUCAUUCCACUUUCAACAUGUACUUUCUACUUGCACCGAGCACAGUGAUUUCAUCGGAGCGUUAAACGAAGAUCUUCUCACUAUAGUUCGUUCAAGCAGUUUAAAAACCAUUUUCCUAUUUUCAUCGCUCUCUUCUCUUCGCCAUUUCUGGGUCACACAUCUACCGGAGCUGAUGUGACGCGCGAGUUCUUUCGGCGAUCCGGAUAUAAAUCAGGUGAAUCCGGAACCAGGAGUCUUUCAACGCGAAACAGAAUCUCGUCCGUGGUGAAUCUGAGCGACUAUCAGCUGCUACAUUUUCAAAGAGAAAAAUCUUACGGUCGAGCGCGAGCCGGCAAACUCGAAGCGACCUUGAGACAACGUGGAGGAUUUCCCACGAGAUCGUUGGUUGCCUGAUCCGCAAAAAGGAAAGUGGACGAAGGGACAGACAUUCUCGCGCUUUCUUUCCUUUCUAUAGACGCGUUGAAAUCAUUUUGGAAUAAACUCGGCCGGUUGACCUUCGAACAACGCGAAAGAUGCAAAACGGGCGGUGAGACGGUUUUGGUGUUGGAAAAUACAGAGGAAAAUUAGAAAGCUACAGCGCGAGCAAGGUUGAUCGUCGCGAAAGAAAAGAAGUCUGUGGAGAAACAUGGGGAAGAAGAACAGCAAGCUGAAACAGGAUACCAUCGAUCGACUCACCAAUGACACGUAUUUUACCGAGAAGGAGAUUCGACAAUGGCACAAAGGAUUCCUGAAAGACUGUCCCGAUGGCCUGCUGACGGAACAGGGUUUCAUAAAGAUCUACAAGCAGUUCUUUCCACAAGGCGAUCCAUCGAAAUUUGCCACGCUGGUUUUCAGAGUGUUCGACGAGAACAACGACGGCACGAUAGAGUUCGAAGAGUUUAUAAGGGCGCUGUCGGUAACGUCGCGCGGCAAUCUGGACGAGAAACUUCACUGGGCGUUUCGGCUGUACGACGUGGACAACGACGGUUUCAUCACGAGGGAGGAGAUGUACAAUAUCGUCGAUGCGAUGUACGAGAUGGUGGGACAACAGCCGCAGGCGGAAGACGAGAACACGCCACAAAAGAGGGUGGACAAGAUCUUCGAUCAAAUGGACAAAAACCACGACGACAAAUUAACCCUGGAAGAGUUCCGGGAGGGUAGCAAAGCCGAUCCUAGAAUCGUGCAAGCGUUGUCGUUAGGCGGCGAGUAACCUCGAGCCCCGUCGAGACCGCACCGUGCGUCGUCGAUCGUUUCAAGCCGGACGAUCGUCUCGUCACUUCGGUCCGGUCGUCGAAACGGAUAGAGAGAGAAAUCGAUCGCUCGAACAGAUAAGGAAAACGGGCGGCUCGAUAACCAUAAGCACGCAGUCCGACGUACACGCAUACGUAGGUAGCACAUAAUGCGAAUCGACAUGACGCGACCCUCUCUCUCCCUUCCUCUCUGCACUUUGUUUGUGCGAACGACAACAGGGACGGACGAUAGAAUCAGGAAAAAUCAAGUCCUCGGGAAAUUGACUUUAACACGUUGACUGCCGCGUGUGUUUUCAAUGAAUCUCCUUCAGGCCACGAGUGUGGUACAGAUUACUUUGAUCAAAUGGUUCUUUUAUGCCAUCACAGUUCGAAAAGGAAUCAAAUGGUACCGAAAAUUUUGCUUUCAACUCCUUCUGGCAAUUUCUGUUGAAAACGCUUUGACGGUUUACAAAAUUGCAAUAAGGAAGAACGUACAUAUUAGAAGAUUUGGAGAAUUAUUAACUGCAAAAUUAUUACAUAAUAAUCAUAACAUCGCCGUUCGGAAGAAUCAUUAGACUCGCAUGCAAAUUAUGUUAUGUAGAUAAAAGACGUCGAACGGAUCGAUCAAAGACUCGAGAGAAUUUAAAAAAAACAAUAACUUAUUGUCCAAAUUGUCCCGACAAACCUCAGCUUUGUAUGGAAUACUUUAAAGUUUUACAUUCUAAAUAAUUUUCUUAAUAAACCAUUUUCGUAUUACCUUUAUAACAAUUCGAUAGUUUUAUUACUUCCUGUGGAAUAUCUUUUCAAAUACCUACGACAAUCUUUUGCAAGUAAUCAAAUAAGCGUCACCCAAAUACGGAUAACGCGGAUCUAUUAAAAAUUUUGGCGUUAUCCGAAUACGGGUGUCACAGCUCCGCUGAAAACUUUGGUGUCACCCGAAUAUGGGUGACACAUCUGUUGGGGAUUUGGUGUCAUCCGAAUACGAAUGGCGCGGCUCUAUUGUAAACUUUGCCGUCACCCGAAUAUGGGUGACACCUCUAUUGGGGAUUUGGUGUCAUCCGAAUAUGAAUGGCGCGGCUCUAUUGUAAACUUUUCCGUCACCCGAAUAUGGGUGACGCGGCAGUCAACGUGUUAAAAGGCGGAGAUCCGACAUCACCGAGAUCCUUCGAUCGGUGUAUGCUCGGCGGAACGCGAAAAGGAAACUAAUUUUCCCGUAGACGCUGUCCGCGUUCUCGCCGUAGAACCUACCACGGCAGUAGAAACAUUGUGGUCACACGCUGCCAAGCGUAUGGAGAACGAGCGAAUGAUCAAUGGAGCAAAGAAUAUACGUAGAAUGAAGGCGACGAUAUUCGUCGAAGGUUUCGAUAUUCGCGAACGCACAAUUUACGUGACACGAAAGAAACGAGAAUUCGAUGGAUUCGCAAACGCGGGGCGUGGGGAAUUUUGCGAUACUUUGGAACCGUCGGUUCGAUACCGCGCCAAGCGGGCGCCGAGUGAAAAGCAACCGGAGAAAAAGGAAGGAAAGGUGAAAGAGAGCGGGCAGGAAAUGAUUAAAAUAAGAGGAAAGCGGAAAGGACGAGCGUUUUAUCGACUGGCCGCAUUUCCUCGUCAAAGCGAUUUCUCGUUUCAAUUUUCAAACGCGGUCGGUAGAACGACGCCACGGAACAAUUCGCCCGGGUUCUCCGAUUCUAACGAACCUUCGAUGCCUUUCGCUCGUCCGACAAUUUCGGAUCGCUGAAAUUGCUUGGCAGAAAAUUUCGCUUACAGGAAUUCCACCCAGACAGACAAACGAAAAAGUAAAAUAAAUAAAAAGCAUUAAUUAAGAAGGAGAGCAGAAUGUAGGCCGUUUCGAGAAACCAGCUGCGAUCUAAUUGAAACGAAGAAUUCGUGGAUGUCGGGUCGAUAUGUUUCUGAAAAAGUCGAAGCAGUGGCAUGCAAUACACGCGACACGACGAAGCGUGAAACGAAGUCUGAAGCACGCGGCUCGUUAGCACGCGUCGACCCUCGUCGUCGAGGUUCGUUACUCUUUACCCUGGAGCCUCGCUAAACACCUGACCCGUUUCAACGUCGUUUCCAUGUUAAACGUUCGCCUUCGUGUUCCGACUUGGAUGAGCGAACUGGACACCAUCGACUAUGAGCGAUGAUCAUGAUGAAAUUGACGACGUUGAUCGCGGAUAGCUGGUUCGCGACCCGCUGCUUACCUUAUUUUUCUAUUAAACCUUUGCACUCCUGUGUCGAGUGCGACUCGACAUGAGUUUUCAUCUCAGGAGCUCCUUUGUCGAGUCUCACCUUUUUUUGUGAAAAGCAGGAUUGUAUCCUGUAAAUUGUUUCAAGAUAUAUCUACACUUAAAAAUUACAAAAUACAAGAAUAGUGCGAAUAAAACUGGUAUUUAAGCGAAUUUCUUCCUUCCUUUAUUUAUUUAAAUUGUCUUAUUUUUUGAUUAAAGUAAAUUUCAAAUAAAACAGUUAAAAACGUUGGGAGCUGCUGGUAACGAAAUUGAAAUAAAAUCCGGAGUGCAAAGGGUUAACAAGCGACCUUACGCAACAACGCCGUAUGCGAAUUCGUUCGAUGAAUCAUAUUUAUUUUUAACAUAAAUUUCCAUAAACCGGUAGCCCUGACCUUUCUCGUUUCUUGAAACUCUGCAGCGACGAAUUUUAAUAAGCUUCGCCCGAAGUUACGUAUUUCGUUUCACUUUCUUCCAAACGUCUUACGACUAUCGUUUCGGCAUAAACGCGCCUACAAAUCGCCAGAUCUCCCUACGUUUUCCUGAACGUUGUACGAUCGAUCGUUCAUGGGUUACAGAUCGGUGCGUCGGUGAUAAACGUGAACGCAAAACACGCAAAACUUUCCCGAAAAUGAAAAUACUCGUUCCACCAUGCCUAACAUCCGACGAGUGGCGUCGCGACGCCACUAUCUUACAUUCUUCGUUUCGUGCUGUUACAUAAAUUAUAUCGACGCUAUCGUCGCCAUCCCGGCGCUUAUACCCACACACAUAUCUACAUAUACGUACACAUAUAGCAGCAGCAAAAAUUAUACGACCGGCUAAACGACCACGCCUUUGUACGCGCCCCCAGGAUUAAGGUCGUAGAGGAAGUUCGGAGACAAACAACUCCGAAAAUAAAUCCAAGCGAGUUCCUCUCACGCUUAAGUCGCUCGUCUACUUAAGUUACGCGUGUUUUUCUCGUUCGACGAUUCCAUUGAUCUACUUUGGUCGCAUUGACUUGCCCUAAUUUCUUCUUUUUCCUAUUGGCUAUUAUGCUAUAUUAUUGUCACAUUAUCAUUGUAAUUACAUUAUUAUAUUAUGUUUGACGAUUUGAUAUUUCGCUGUACACCGUAGUUUGGUCGUGCGAUAGAUUUCGAUGCUACGACGUUAACAGAUUAACACUUUACCGACCGAUAGCUGAUUAAUCGGCUUUUUGUCUCCGACGCUUAUCGACCGAUAGUCUAUUAAUCGGCUUUUCGUCACCGACAAUCUUUCUCAUUAUUUGAACAGUAAUUUGUUAUUUAGUACUAAGGUACCUUGCGCCAGUUGCGUUGCUUUGUAAGCUCCCACAGUUUUAUACCGAUUUGAAAAUGACUGUUUGCUAUGAACGAAAAGAAUGGUAUUGGAGAGUCUAAACCGAAACAGAUCCGGCGCCUAAGUUGCCGGUUGGACGUGCGUAUGCUGUUGAAUCGCCAGCGGUCAGUAAAGUGUUAACGCGCGUCGCAUACGUUUUAAAAGACGUUGGCGCGCGGUUCGUUCUUUUUUACCUACGUCGAUCGUGUUAUAUUUCUAUGGGAAGCACUGGUCGUUCGAAUGUAACAAAUAUUUCGUAAUGAAACUCUCAUUGCCGCCUUCGUUCGAGGGUCAAUGAGAAGUCUCUGCCAAAUUGUGCGUCGACACAUUCACCGAUUCGAUGCUCUUUUCUCCCGUCGUUACGUUCGCUACUCGGCUUAAAAACCUUUGCAAUUUGCGCAGUUGGAGACGAGCGAUAUAAAAACUGGAGGCGAACGAAUAGCAGGAGGAUAGCGGCGACAGCGGGGAAACACGCAUUUGCGGAGGAUCGUGUUUUCUCCUCUUCCUGCUUCUUCUCGCUUGCGCCAAAAAUUCGAAAUUCAUCCGUAGAUCGCCUCCUUCCCUUGCAAACCUACGAGCUGCGUCUUUCGAUGGGAAGAGCGGCGAGCGUACAAAAUGGGAAAUAUUUUGCGAACGUCCGUCACGUUUCAAAGAUGCGCGUGGUGCAACGUAUACAACGUACGUAGCUGGUAUUUGCCAAAAAGUUCAAUAGCCGUGACAUUUGACAGGUUCUUUUCUAGUUGUCGUGGGGCAACUUCCAGGCUACGAGAACGUUGAAAACAGCGAAAUCAAAGCGGGAAGAACCGUCCCGUUUGUCGUUCGUAUUACCAAAGUUGUUCUUGUUAGAAGGUAGCCUUCUCAUCUACUUUACGAUCCGUAGCGAGAAAGAAAGUUUAAACGAUUUUAGAUAGAAUUAGCGUUUACUCUUGUUCCUUGGAAAUUACACGCAAUGCAUCGUACCGGUUCCACGUGCAAUGCACAAGAACAGCGGUUUACAUUUUAAUGAAAACCGGUAGAUUGUAGAACGUGGAUUCGCGCAUGCGACGACAAGGCGAUACCCGUAUGCGUGCUACGUUCGGCAACUCGUCCACCACCUUUUCUUUUUAAUCGAAACUGUACGAUCGAUGACAGCGCGAAUCUCAGCUCGUCGCCGAGUUUCUCCGAUCGAAGGUUCCAAAGGUUCGAUCGUUGGACGAACGAUCGGAGGAAACACGUGGACGGACGCGAGAAAACGAACGGAGGUUGUCGAACGAACUCGUCGAACCUUGUCAAACAGUAGCAAUAAUCGAAGAACUUUGUUAGCGCUGUCGACAAGACAUUUUUUAACCGACGAAUAAAUGUAAAAAGCCAGCGAAUUCGCAGCAGCGCUCGCUGUACCAGCAGAUCGGCCGCGAGUCAACGCCGAUGUUUUCGAGUUUCAACGCUACUUCGGCGAUCCUCGCGUUAUUCCAUCGACUUUAAAAUAAGCAGAAGCUUAUAAGGAGCGGUAAAUCUUCGCAAGCAGAUUUAUCGAAUCGAGGUACACCGAGGUGGAACGAACAGAAGAACCACCGGCUCUGUACUAUCAUAUCGUACGUAUACGCCGAUCGAUCGUUGGCAAGUUAACUUGUGCUGUGUCGUCGGCUCAACUAUAUCAAUUCGAUGAUUGCGAAACGUUUGCGUUCUUUCAUCCGUAUGAUUGAUCCGGAUAUCCUCGUUGCUCGCGUCGACCGAACGUUAACCAUCUUUCUUAUCGGAGAUUGUUAACCUGUUCGAUCGGAUCGGACAGAAAUACUCGAAAAUCCUGUCGCGAUUUAACCGACGCUUCGUUCUUCGCAUUACUUGUGUACUUCGUUUAGCGACAAUUUCUUAUUCUCUGAGAUAUUCUCGAGUUUCUUUUGUUUCGCUUUUGCGAAGCUUUUCCGAUCAAGCGUUCCACCGACACGCUACACAGUCGUAGAACGUGAAAAUCCGGUGACGUUGAUAGCCGACGUACAAGCAACCGUGCGAAGAAGAAGAAUCGGCAAAUUCGUUUUCGAUGUUUGCCGGUUACUCGAAAUGGAUUGUCGAAGCCGCGGCUGUAACAGCGCGUGCAUCGGAGAAGUGGCUCGACAAGAAGGCGACUUGUUCGUGUACCGGCGAAUCAUGGACUGGUAAUUGGCUUGAUUGAGUAAUUUUUACAUUUCCAAGAGACGUUAUAGGAAAAGGAUUUUUGCUUAGCUGAGACUUGUAGAUGCUUUCCGUGUAAAGUUCGUGUAGUGAAGCUUCGUCGAGCUACAGUCUCCUCCUUUUAACUUGCCAGUGGUACGAAACGAGUGAUACGACGAAACUUGAAAAAAAAGAGGAAGAGAGAGAGAGAGAGGAGAGGAAGAAGCACAAGGAAGUGAGUGGUAAAGAGGAAGUAAAAAUACGUGGUAACGCGCGUUGAAAUAUCUUCUUCGAAGUUUUGCAUUCCUCCGCAAGAUAUAUCUACUACUACUACUAUUACUUUUCGCGCGUUUAUCGUCGCGAAAGCUCGUUUUUAUAAAUAUUUUACGAAUUAGUAAAUCCGCAGAGAAAAAGAGAAAGAGAGAGAGAGAGAGAGAGAAGAGAAGAAGGAGAGUUCUUCGGCUUCUUGAACAGAACAUUUCACGUGGAUAUUGAAAAUUGCUAUGAACGCGAUGGAAACACGGUCGUGUUCGUUCGUGUCGUAAGACGCGGACCAGCUGUUAGGAUAUCGAGUUCGAAUUCCAUUCGACGGGCAACUUUAUCGCGACAAUCAAAACGGCUUUAUAAGGUUUACAACGUUCUGCCCUUGGUUUGGGAAACGACAAGUUUUUCCGACGAGUUGUAUCGAACCAAAGGAAAAUCACUUUUCCAAUGUUCGAUGAUUCGCAAAAAUAGAAUAAAAUACGAGAGACUUGAACUAUCGAUCGGUUCCGCUCCCCUCCUCUCUCACUCUCUCUCUCUUUUUCUCUCGCUCGCUCGCUCGUUCUCGCUCGUUCGAUGACUCGAAUGAAAAGAAAAUCAAUUUCUUCACGCGUACGAUUAAAAAGAAUUAUUCUACUAUAGCGUUACUCGAUAUUUUGAAAUGCUGCAAAGUUAAAAGGGCUAUUCUAAUGCGUGCCACUAUACUCGUAUCGCUAUUAUCGCUAGUUAUAUACUAAACGCUAAUCUACUGUUACUCUACUCUACUUACUCAGCAACGUGACAAACUUCUCCGUCUAGAACGCGUACGGUACUCUCUCGUUCGGCGAGCAAACUCGAAUGAAAGAAAGAAAGAAAGAAAGGAAGACAGAAAGAAGAAAGAAAACGGAGAAAGAGAAGAAACUACGCGGUGGAAAGGAAGAAAGCGAAAAAGAAACGAUUCUCGAUGGGUACAUACUACACGGACACACAUGACAUUCACACGAGAACACGAAACACACAGCAGACACGCGUACACGCCGACAUACGUCAAGGUCAUUGUUUUACGAACUUUCUGUGAUAAUUAUUAACAAUCACUAAAUACAAGGAAAAUCGUUAGUUACGAGGUGGCAGGGAACGAACGGACAUGCUUGUAAAUUGUAAAUAAACGCGACGGCGGGUUUGCGAUAAUCGCGACUGCGGUGAGUAGAGAAACACAGAAAAGGGGGCAGACAGUUACGAUCGGAUCGGAAGAAAUGUUGUUGUUACGCGAUAACACGUUAUCCGUGUUCCGUGGUUGAUCGAGGAUCCACGGCCGGUUCGUCGACGAUUCGGACGAUCGUACGACGAAUGGACGACGGAAGCAACCGAGACAAACAUCGUGACCUCGAUAUACAUAGCUAGGUUGCUCGGUUACCACGAAAAUCUAAGCGCAUUGUUAUUUUGUAUGGUCCCAGGCGUUUUUUCUAAAUAACCACGACAUCGUAACACACGAUAAUGAUGGUGAUUAAUAAAAAUAAUUUGAAGCACA